UUGGGGGUCAUUUUAUCUGGAGCAUAAUGGCCUGCACCUUUCAUAAAGUAUGUGUGCCGAAUAGUUCAACUGGCGGUGUUCUUAAGCGAUAUGUUUCUACACUCAUAAGUACGAAAUGGACUGAAUAUCCCAGAGGCAAUAAAAUUCAGUUUCAAGUUAUCUUCCAUCCUGAGUCAAGACCAUUGGGUACAUUAGCUUACAAUGCCAUCACGGUGAGGGGCAAAUUGAACCCGGCCUGUGGAGAAAAUGUUUUGGCCUCUAUGAUGGAUAUCAACAUGAAUUUUUCAAGGAACAUUUUCACCUCAAGUUUCCGAAUGUGGCCGGCCGUUGCCUCUCAUUCCAAUUCAUUUUCUAAAAAAAAGAGUGUUUCUGACCUUUUGCCCGGUAGACUCACCAGCUUUUCGGCAGGGCAAAAUGCAAUGCUGACGCCAGUGACGAGUCAUUUAAUUGCACACCCUGCAAGAAGUAUCAGAAUGAAACACACCAAGCCCAAAGUGCCUCCUUCAAGGAUGAACAAUGUUUACGACAUCGAAGGAGCCAUAACGGAUGAAGAGGCUGCCAAACAGUUUGUCUAUGCCUUGAAUACCAACGAAAGGAAACAUCUGUAUGCCGAACUGGCUCGUUUUCAUGGAGCGCCUGACCCGUCUGUUGCCGGUGAGUAA